AGUGAAUAAUAACAGUAUCAACGAUUUGUCAUCGUUAAAACUGAAUAGGAGGUUUAGCAAAAGUAGUGAUGACGUGACAACUAAAGGUGAACAAGAACGUUUAAUAAGUAGUUUAAGUGAACCUUUCGAUACAGACUUUGGAACCUUUACAAGAACUUUUCUAGCUUCGACAAAACCUAACAUACUCAUCAACAGUCACGGAACUUUAAGCCAAUACUAUAAGGAUUGCGAUGAGAGAAAUGGAGGUGCCAAUGUCGAUGUGACCACUGUUGCUGCAGAGGAUGUAGUUAAUGUGGAAAGAAGAAAGAAUAGUGUCAGUUAUAAUACUAGUGUUGUGAAUUAUUAUGCGGAUCCUAUGGAUGCGCCCCCGAGGAGCGCUAGGCAUUCCACCAGCUCGACGAGUACCUACCUAGGGGGCACGCAGAGGGCCUCGGAAUUGAACUUUAAUGGUUCUUCGACGGCUCAUAGACCUCCAAAAAGUUGGAGAGCUGAGCACAAAGCAGCUCGUACUUUAGGAAUUAUUAUGGGAGUUUUUCUUAUUUGUUGGCUGCCAUUCUUUUUGUGGUACGUGAUCACGACCCUCUGCGGAGAUUCGUGUCCGUGUCCUGAUGUGGUGGUGGCGACACUAUUUUGGAUUGGAUACUUUAACUCUGCACUCAACCCACUGAUCUACGCUUAUUUCAAUCGAGAUUUCCGCGAAGCUUUCAAAAAUACCCUGAAAUGCGUCUUUCCUUGUGCAGUUCGUCAGAAGGAUUCCUCGCAUCUGCGUUAUGUAUAG